CUCAGUUGAACCCCUCUUGAAUGCGUUUGUUUACCAAACCUCAGUUCAAUUACACAUCGCUGAAUAAUGAAACGAACAGCAAACAAAACGGUUACAUAAGAGAUUUUACUUGAUUUGAAUUGCAUGUAGUUUGUGGAUGAAUUUUAAAGAGAUUUUUAAUUAGAAUGCAUUUGAAAAAAAAUUUUGCCACCCUUCUUGUUAUUUUUUGUUGCGGACUUGGGCUCACACAGACCAUAUGCAAAAACAAUGACAAAGAUACUUGUAAAUGUGAUUUAGUUAACGGGUCCGGAGUUAUUGAUAUCACGUUUGGAAAUACAAAUAGGACGGCGUUAUACCACAGACCAAAUCCACACGGAGGUCCGUAUGUCUACGAGUAUAAUCCUUGUUUCGAAUUCACGUCUAUUGAGGGUUCAGUAUCUGGACUUGCGACCAUCAUGUAUAGCGAAUAUCUGCAUAAUUAUUAUGAUCUUGGUAAACAAAAGAACAGUACUUGGAAACUUGACAAAAAUGGAUCUCUGGUUGUGUUUUAUACGUCGAACCAGUAUGUAAGCAUUUUAACAUCCACGGUGAAGAUUGUGUGUGAUCCACACGCCCGCAUUAACAACAUCACAGCACUGGGUUUUGAUUCAACAAUUGCCAAUCACAACUUCAUACUUUCUGGGCCUGCAUUAUGCCCGAAAAAAGAAUACGGAGUGAUGGGCGUAGGAUACUUUUCAGUAGUUGGAGCAAUUGUUUUAUUAUCCAUUUUCAUGGUUGUUCGUCUCUCACGAAACAACGCAAAUACAGAUGAAAGCAGCAAUGAUUUUGCAUCAGAUGGUAAUACUUGGUUCUCCUCUCUGUGAGAAGGGGAUAUCCGAAACAUGUCAUCAAAUUCAUUCUAUCACGUGUACUUUUAUAACAUUAUACCAUAAAAGUUCAGGUUUUGAAUAUUCUAAUUCCCUCAAUCUCACAAUAU